UGCCGAGAAGAGAUAAUUUUGAAAAACAAAGCUCUUGUUUGAGGGAUGGCCAAACGAAUAAACCAUCAAAUAUAUACAAAUUAAUGACUUACAUAUAAUGAGGGAAAGAAUUGAUUAACUGUCAUUGUUAUUCAAAAUGAGUAUGAUUCCAUUGCUCGCGAUAUGUUUUUGUAUUUUAUUAACAUCUGUAUAUAAUGCACCGUUGAACAGUGAUAAGAAAUCUAACUUACAUAAAAAUCAUAAGAAGAUUUACCAAGAAGCAGAGUAUGAUGUAACACUACAGAAAUCGCCAGAUCAAAUACGAUAUUACGUCAAGCCUGAAGAGUUUGAGGAAUAUGAGAAUCGAUUUGAGACGAUAAAAGAUCUAGGUGAAGAGCUUGAAUGUAAACUGCGAGGCGAUUGUAAGGGUGACAAAAGGGAGGAGAUCGUGAAAGAGAGAGAACGGGAUGUUGUUGGGAGUAAAAAAUCAUUCGGACUUUCUGAUAAUGAUGGUGGUAUGAACGGACAGACUGUUUCAUCACAAGGCGCUUUAAAUUCGCCUGUAAAUCCAGCGUUAACACCAGAUCAGUUCAACAGUGGUGAUCGUUUCGGUGGUGACUCCAGAUAUUCCGACCAAAAAAACGCGGCUCAAUACGGCCAACAGCCGCAGAUGGAUCUAAAAAUGCCUCAAAAUGAAGGCGGUGCAAUGAUGAUGUCCAAAGGUUCUGGUCCUGGCAUGGGGGAUAUGGGUGGCAUGGGUGGUAUGGGAGGCAUGGGUGGUAUGGGCGGUUUACCAGGUGGCUUGUCUGCAGCCACAAGUCCAAUGUACCAAAUGCAGAUGCAACAAAAUGACCAAAUUAUCCAAGAAUCUGCUCAGAAUAAACUUGGUUUUAUGGAUCAAGCAAAUAAACAAAAGUCUCUUAAUAUGGAUGUAGUUGGACCACCACAAGGAGAAGAACAGAUGAGAUUUGCAGGUGGUGGUGGAGGGAGAGAAGGCCAAGAGAGAGGGGCAGAUGAUCUGAGCAACCCCCAUGGUGUAGCAAGUAACGAAGGCGGUGCUGUUAGUGAAAACGACAUCAUGAAAGCAGAAGACAUUCAACCCAACGAGAUGAAUGAUUUGCAUAACUUUCUGAAGAAUACCAAUCAAGUUCAAAAGAAUUACGAUGGUGAGCGCGGAGAAGCAGAGAUGACGGAUGGAAAGUUUGUAUCAAAUAAUGAUGACCAUCAAGAUGAAAAUUUCAAUCCUGGAGAUGGCUUUGGCAAAACAAACAUUGACUAUGGACACAAUGCUCAAGUUGAAAAUAACGAAGGUAGUUUUGGACACCAAAACGAACCUAAUGAAGAGAGAGCCCCUAUAAAACCAGGUGGACCGGAAGUGCCAGGAUUAAGCAAUCUUCUGGGUGGUGAAGGAGCAGGAAAUGGUGGAGAUCUAGGACCACCAAACGUACAGUUUGUUGAACAAAACACCAGAGAUAUGAUGCAAUCUAACUCAGAUUACAAAGUCCCCUCUUCUGAAUUUUCAAAUUUAUGGAAGGAUUACAUGAGCUCGACACAAAGCCAGUUAGGAGGCUUCGAUCCUUCAGCAAACAGCCGCCAUCUUAUUGAUCACCCAUUGAAGUCUGGAUUGCACAAAAACAAAGACAAAAAAGACGCUGAAGUGAAAAGAUGGAAAAAAUCGGACGCAAAGCGAAGGACACUGCAUUAGCUAAAAAAGACUCCGCUGUUGGUACAUCUAAAGAUGCUAUACCAAAACCAACAAAAAACAAAUUUAUGUUUGUUCCACUAUAUGUUGUACAGAAUUUAUUGCAACAAGCAAGCAAAAAAUCCACACACACCUCAUUAGAAAAUGAGAA